UCUGACAGGCAGCUCGGUACCACACGGUUUGCUCCUUGUGGUGAGAUGGAGGGGAGAAUAGGAAAAAGGUUACGCUUGUGGGUUUGAGAUAAAGAAAGUUGAGUAGAACAGAAAAGGAAGAGGAAGCAAGAGUCAGUCCAUACACACAAAGCAAACUGCAGAUAUCGUUUAGUCUCAUAUUGCCUAACUGAGGUUAGGAACUCUACGUCAUGUGUUGAAAGAGCGAAGAAUAACUUCUCUUUGUAUUAUCUUGCAGAAUGGAACCAAAUUCAGACGAAGAUAAACUUUUCAGACCGUCCUAUGUAGCUAGUGUGGAGCUACCUGAAAGAACAGGACUAGUAAACGUGGAAGAUAUUAAAACAAAUCUCUCUGAUGAGUUUAGUUCAGCUUCUUCAAGCUCAGACAUGAGCCGGAGGUCUAGUUUGGAGCCUAGGGGACACAUACAAGUUUGCCUGCGCAUUAAGCCCUUUACAGCACUGGAAAGAGCAAAUGGAUUGCAGGGGUGUGUUUCACUUGAGGACUCAACAAGCGUUAUACUGAAACCCCCUAAGAGCUCCUUGAGUCGACUGAUUGAAAAAACUGCAGGACAGACGAUACAGAAGUUCACCUUUUCACGAGUGUUUGGACCUGAAGCAACUCAAGAAGAAUUCUUUGAAGGUACUAUGAAGCAGCCAGUGCAAGACUUCCUAGAAGGAUGCAAUCGUCUUGUUUUUACCUAUGGCAUUACAAAUGCUGGGAAAACCUACACAUUCCAAGGGACAGAAGAUGAUGUUGGUAUUUUGCCAAGGACAAUGGAUAUGUUGUUUAAAACCAUUGGAGGAAGGCUAUACACAAAAAUGGAUCUGAAACCUAUUCGGUGGCGAGAUUACAUAAAACUGACUAAAGACCAAGUGAGAGAAGAAACUGCUCUUAAAAAUUCAUUGCUUCGUCUGACAAAAGAGGUAGGAGACUACUUCACAAAGAAACGAUGAGUACAUGCAUCGUGA